AUCCUGCCGGGCCAGUGAAGCUGUUUUCCCUCUCCCCGGCGUGAUGUCAAGCAGGGGGCGGGUGCUGCCAGCCGCCAGCGGGGCAGGUAGAUAAAGGACUAGAGCGGAACAGGAAUCCCCAGUUUUUCCGUCAGGCCAGCAGAGACGGAGCGUCUCCCCCACCGCCGGGGCCAGCCACCUCUGGAGUAGAAGGUCACAGCUGUUUGUAACAGUUCACAGCGACACUAUAUAAGAGGUGCAGUCAGGACGUGAAGGAGAAUUUUGCACGCAGUUGAAUCUCUGGGGUGGAAUGUAGGUCAGCAGAAUGCAGUUACCCUAGAUUGGAAUUUUGCCAGGAUACCGAGGUAAACACCUGGAUUCCAGUACAAGAUAAUGCCAUGGACCUGGCAGCGCUGCGGAACGACCUGCCCACCACCUUGGACAACCUGUACCAGGGCCACCUGGAGCAGGACCGAACCCGGAGCCUGUCCAAUGGCCAUGCCUUCCCCACCGGCGAGCGGGACAAGGCCGGGCUGCUGGCCGGCAGCGACGUGAAGCGCUCACAGCCGCUGGUCAUCCAAGUCAACAGGAAGUUGAAGGAGGAAGAGCCACGAGCCUCGUCGCUCCCGUCCAUCCCCAACCCCUUCCCCGAGCUCUGCAGCCCCUCCAAGUCACCCAUCCUCAGCAGCCCCUCGGCAGGGCAAGGCCCGCAGUGGGAAAGCGGCCCCCACGUGGUAAAGGUCUUCAGCGAAGAUGGCACCUGCCGCUCGCUGGAGGUCAUGGCAGGCGCCACGGCCCACCACGUCUGCGAGAUGCUGGUGCAAAAGACUCAUGCCCUCCAUGACGACAGCUGGUCCCUGGUGGAGCUCCAUCAGCACUUGGCCCUAGAGCGGUGCCUGGAAGACCAUGAGUCAGUGGUGGAGGUCCAGGCCACCUGGCCCAUUGGGGGAGACAGCAGAUUCGUCUUCCGGAAGAACUUUGCCAAGUACGAGCUGUUUAAAAGCUCACCGCAGUCCCUGUUCCCUGAGGUGAUGGUGUCCAGCUGCUUGGAUGCCAACAAGGGCAUGACCCACUCGGAGCUCAUCCAGAACUUCCUCAAUUCUGGCAGCUGCCCAGAGAUCCAAGGCUUCCUGCACCUGAAGGAGGUGGGGCGCAAGGUCUGGAAGAGGUUUUACUUCUCCCUCCGGCGCUCAGGGCUUUACUACUCCACAAAGGGCACAUCUAAGGACCCACGGCACCUACAGUAUUUCGCUGACCUCAAUGAGUCCAAUGUCUACUUCAUCGCCCAAGGGGGAAAACUCUACAGCACACCCACCGAGUUCAGCUUCUGUAUCAAGCCCUACAAGGUGCGCAGCGGCAUGAAGGGCCUCAAGCUGUUCUGCAGCGAGGACGAGCAGAGCCGCACCUGCUGGAUGGCCGCCUUCCGCCUCUUUAAGUAUGGCGUGCAGCUCUACAGGAACUACCAGCAGUCCCAGUCCAGACGCAGCCACCAGUCCUGGAUCAGCACCACGCCCCUGAGGAGCAUGUCUGACAACACCUUGGUGGCCAUGGAUUUCUCGGGGUGCACAGGCCGUGUGAUUGAGAACCCCAACGAGGCGCUGACGGUGGCCCUGGAAGAGGCUCAGUCGUGGAGGAAGAAGACAAGUCACCGCUACAGCCUGCCGAUUCCUUGCCAGGGCUCCCCGCUCAGCACAGCCAUCCAUCGAACACAGCCAUGGUUUCAUGGGCGGAUCUCAAGGGAAGACACACAGCGAUUGAUAAUCCAGCAGGGAUUAGUUGAUGGGGUGUUUUUGGUGCGGGAAAGCCAGCGGAACCCCAAGGGCUACGUCCUGUCCUUGUGCCACCUACAGAAAGUCAAGCACUAUCUCAUCCUGCCAAGCGAGGAAGAGGGGCAGCUUUACUUCACCAUGGAUGACGGCCAGACGCGCUUUGCCGAUCUCAUCCAGCUGGUGGAGUUUCACCAAAUCAACCGGGGCAUCCUGCCCUGCAAGCUCAGACAUUACUGCACCCGCGUCGCCUUGUGACAGACCUCCCGGUGGGCAGCAGGGCUCUGCGAGGGGCCACAGCCAACGCGCAGCAAGCGGGACUAGGAUCAGCACAAAACUUCCGCCCCUCGCCCCACUUCGGCCGGGCAGUGGCGGCCGCAGGGGCCAGACUUGGCUCGUGCU